CUACAGUACUGUAAAUGUCUCCGAUCUUCAAAAACAUAUUUCCGAGAUAUUUUAACUUAAAGAUGCUUCAAGCCCCUGCUGCAGAUAACAACAAAGCUCCAAUACUUGAUGUGUUAUGUAAAUAUUUACCUCAAGAUUUUCAGGGGGUAUGUCUAGAGAUAGCAUCAGGUACUGGUCAACAUGUCAUUCAUUUUGCUCAAUAUUUCAAGCAAGCCACAUUUCAACCUAGUGAUAUUGAUCAAGCUAAUAUAAAAAGUAUAUCAGCAUAUACAGCACAUCAUGGUCUAUCUAAUGUGAAACCACCUAUAACCAUAGACAUCACAACUCCUGUUACCAGUUGGUCAGAGAAAAUAAGCCCCGCCACCUGUGAUGUCAUAUAUAAUGCUAACAUGGUUCAUAUAUCACCCUGGGAAACAGCUAUAGGUUUAUUUGACACAGCAGGCAUAUUGUUGAAACCAAAUGGAUUUUUAAUAACAUAUGGGCCCUAUGCAGAAGAUGGUAUAUUGGAACCAGAAAGUAAUAUAAGAUUUGACAAAUCCCUAAAGGCAAGAGACCCUUCCUGGGGUGUGAGAGAUAUAAAAGAUUUAACAAUUUUAGCAGAUAAAAAUGGAAUAAAGCUGAUAGAUAAGAUUGCAAUGCCUGCAAACAACAAAACCUUGAUAUGGAAGAAAGUGUGAUAAUUGUGAUAGCUGAUGAAGUAAAAAUCUAGAUUUUGUAAUUAAAGUGGUUGCCUGGACGAAAGCAUUAUUUUGUUGUAGGCAAUUAUCAGCAGAGACUAAUGUAGAACCCCCUUUAAUCAAAACUAUGGAUGUAAAUUAUUAUGGCUUUAAAAUAUUUUGAAAACAUUUUUUUAAUUAUUUUAUCAGUAUUUGUUAUCUUCCUUUUAUAUGUUAGAAUUAAGUUUGAAUUUUUAUAGAAGAGAAUUUCCUUGUUGGUUAAAUGCAAAUCUUUGAUAACAAAUGAGCUUUUGUCACUUUAGCUACUAUACUUGAGAAAUAAAAUCUUAAACUUUUA